CAGUAGGUACCCAAGUACAUACAUAGUCCUCUUGACAUCUGGCACAUUUGGUUUCAAUUGUAAAUACUUUCUUUACUACAUCCCUUAUUCACAUGAGGUCUCUGCUUCCAUACAUCCGACAAUCUAGAACGCUUAUCACUCCCAAUCUACGUCCACUCCUACCAGCACCGAGGGGCAUCAAUCUACCCCACCACAAAAUACCCAGCAGCUUACACCCCUUCAACCUUUUUUGUUCUACACAAGUAUCUUCAAUCGUCACCAUGAGUAAACCACAGAUUCUUUUGUUGGGUGAAAUUGACCAGUAAGUCACAAUAAAGCUCCUCCUAUCAUAAAAAUUGCUAAUAAAGGUACCUUUAACAGUGCCAAGAAGGAAUGGAGUGAACUUUCCAAUAUCGGUGAACUCAUCGAACCUAAAGCUCGAUCUCGUCAAGAAUUCAUAGAAGAGUGCAAAAAUGGCGUUUACGAUAAAGUGGCGGUUGCAUACAGAACUUUCCCAAGUGUCUCUAUUACAGGCUUGAUUGACGAGGAAUUGAUCAGUGUGCUACCAAAGAGCUUGAAGUUCAUUGCUCACAAUGGUAUAAAUUAGACUCUGCAUUCGAGAGAGGAUAGAUGGGGCUAAUAAAUGGUUGUAGGAGCUGGUUAUGAUCAAAUAGAUGUACAUGCAUGUACCGCACGCGAUAUUCGAGUUUCGAAUGUCCCAACUGCUGUAGAUGAUGCUACGGCUGAUACCAACAUGUUUCUCAUUUUGGGAGCAUUGAGGGGGUACAAUACUUGUUGGUUUAUAGUCUCUCUAACCAGGAACGUAGUUAGCUAACGAUCCGUAGCAAUGAUGGCUUUGAGGAAGAACCAGUGGAAGGGGACCUCAGUGCCACCCCUUGGUCACGAUCCUCAAGGCAAAGUCCUGGGUAUUUUGGGAAUGGGUGGUAUCGGACGAAAUCUCAUGAAAAAGGCAACUGCUUUCGGCAUGACCUGCCAAUAUCACAACCGUACGAAGCUUUCGGAAGAAUUGAGCGGAGGUGCUAAAUACGUUAGCUUUGAUGAGUUACUGGCUACCAGUGAUGUUCUAUCCUUGAAUUUGCCUUUGAACGUGAGUUAUUAGCUCAAUCACAGCUUGAAGGUUCCUAGUCUAACAGCGUUAUAGAAAAACACUCGCCACAUCAUUUCCACUGAGGAAUUCAAGAAAAUGAAGAAAGGUGUUGUCAUCACUAACACAGCCAGAGGCGCAGUAAUGAAUGAAGAUGCUCUAGUAAAGGCACUUGAAUCUGGUCAAGUUUGGUCAGCAGGUUUAGAUGUUUUCGAAGAGGAACCAAAGGUUCAUCAGGGGUUGAUUGACAACCCACAUGUUAUGUUGAUACCACAUAUGGGAACAGUAAGUCAUAUUUCUUCCUCUAUUAUUUCGAGAUCACAUGAGACUAAUGUUCAUGUGAUAGUAUACUAUCGAGACUCAAACCAAGAUGGAGGUCUGGUGUAUCGACAACGUACGAAGUGCAAUUGAGAAGGGCAGGUUAAUGAGCCCAGUAGGAGAACAAAAAGAUAUGUAGAUAAGACGUAGAUGAGGUCAUAGAAUUGGGAGGUUGCUACCAUUGAAAUUUAUUUCAAUGUGUGCAUUGGUUCGAUAUAUUUGGUACAUCGCGGCCUUACCUCGCUGGAGUAUUGAUUCCAGAUUUUGAGUAGGCUUCCAUUGAUUUCCUGUAUUGAUACCAUUGCUUUCUAGAAAUUAAAUAGAUGAUCCUUCCAUUUACAGGU